AUGACUUGCUCCGACCUGACGGAGUGCGAGGGCGUGGGCUGGCAGACCACCUGGACGAGCGGCAGCUUCACCUCGUACGCGGUGCCGCUGGGCACCAUGGUCCUGCUGGGCUUCGUCAAGGAGGACACCGGGGAGAUGGUACAUGCCUGGUUCUUCGAGACCCCGGGCAGCUGGCGGCUGGGGCAUCCUUACACGCUCCAGCACCAGACCGACGCGAUCACGGCCACCCGCGCCACAGAUGGCACCAUGUACGAGGGCGAGCUCGUCACCGACCUCUCCAACUACAACGGCGGCUGUGAGUGCCAGAUUAACGACGGCACCCCCGGCCCCUGGGGUCGCAUUUGCCUCCGCAGCAAGACGCCGCCGAGUGGUGGGUGGACGUGCACCGGCGCGGGCGGGGCUGUGCCGAUUGAGAUUGAUUUUCCGUAUAUCCGAGGCUGGGCAGCCGGCACCGGAUGCGGCACUUCAAGCUUGAGUUACUACAACUGGAAUAGUGGCCCCAACUUUUGCAGCAGUGGCUACAAGGUCAUCAUCAUGACCAAUUCAGCCGUGUUGAGUUAG